CGUCAAGCUGAUCGGUCGCGGUCGCGCGCGCUCGCUAAAACAGCUACGAAAUAUUUUAUGAAUGGAGUGUAACCAAAACGAGAGAACGUGAACGAAACUUACAAAAGUAUAAGCUAAACGAUAAACAAUCUCGAAACGAUAGCAAAACGUUAAAGUUUAUUAAGAAAGAAAACGUUUGUUUUUUUAGUGCUGCCAGCUAACAAAAACAACAACAUAUAUAGCAUAAACAAAAAGAAAACGCGGAAAUUGCAGUUGAAAACAAAACAAACGCUUCGAUUGUCAAGACACGGUCAGUACAUAUUUUCUUAUGUGCUUGAAUUUCGCACAACUCCCCCACAAUAACAACAACAACAAAAACAAGCUGAAGAAAAUUUACAGCUAAAAUAAAUAAAAAGCUAAAUAGUGCGUACAAAUUCAUUUUCGUGUAAGAAGAAGAGUGAAGAGCAAAGCAAAGUGUGUAAAAGCGCGUCGCGUGUGUUUUUGUUACAGAUUACUAAAUUCUGGCAAUUGGAAGAAGAAAAAAACAACAUGUCGAAACGUGAAACGAAAUGUUGAAACAGCAACAACAAGAAAAAAAGUUGAUGUAAAGAUUUGGAAAUCAAUUUACGCAUAAUAAGAAAUUAGUGCAAAAGUUCUGUGUAUACAAGUGUUUAUUAGUGUGUGUGAGCAAACGAAACUGAGUUUUCAAUAAAUAAACAUAUAACGGAUUUGUAGGCGAGAGUUUUUUCAACAUAAAGCUUUCUGUUGAUCUAAGCUGCGUACAUUGUUUAAAACAAAGCCAGCGCCUUUGAUUGGAGAAUUUCUUUUGCAUGAAAAUUGCAACCAAAAAAGAAUCAAACUCCAUGGCUGUAGAACAAUGUCAAAUGCUCGCGAUCUGUCAUUGAUCGAGAAAUGGGCAGAUAUUGCAACGCCGCCGACGCCGACGCUGCCAACAUCAAUAUCGCCAACAUCGCCGCGAGCCAUCAUCAAGUUCUGCUGCUGUCCGCAGCGCAGCAGACGCUACAAUCUGAAGCAGCCCAAGUUCAAAUCGUCGUCGGCCGCCGCCAAUACGCUGCAUGCUAGAAAUAUAUUCGUCGAUAACGAUUUUACGUAUAUUGAUGAUGUGCCACGCGCCAGCAGCAGCAGCCAAAGCCACAACAGCAGCAGCAACAGCAGCAGCAACAAGCGCGUUCAAGAUUGCGACAGUUAUUACGAUUGCCGAGAUUAUGUUGAAGAUAAUGACAAUGAUGAGGCAAAUGAUAUCGCGCAGAUCUCUGGCAGCAGCAGCAGCAACGACGGAAAUGUGGCGCUGAUAUUAAUGAAUCAACGAAAUGUGUCUGAACAAUGGCGGCAGGACAACAAAGGCAGCAACAGCAACAGCAACAGUAGCAAUGAACUAGCAACAACUUGCGCUGUCACAAACAAACUGAAAAGUGGCAAUGAGCAAACGCAGCAGCAGCAGCAACAACAACAACACGAGUUACAGCAACAGCAACAACAAAUCCAAAGACUUAGCAAUAGCUUGCAACAGCAACAACUGCAACUGCAACAACAGCAACAUAGCAAUAAGGAAAAUACACUAAGCAGCAACAAAAAUUCAGCGCACUGUAAUUAUUGUAAAUUACCCGACGACGACGCCGACGACGACGAGCCCCAAACGAACAACAACAAAAAUAGCAGCAGCAACAAAAACUCGAAAAUUGAUUCACCGAAGUCGUCGCAGAAUAAAAUGACAAUUACGACAGCAACAGCAACAGCAACGAAUGUGGCUGCAACAACAGCCAAUGAGUGUGGGUUGACAGCAGCAACAGCAACAACAGCAACCAUUGCUGCUGCUGCUCAAGAGUUUGUGGGUGCUGCCACAGAAGUGCUGUGCAGCGAUAAAGCAACAUUGACAGCAACAACAGCACGUACAACAACAACACCUAAGCCCAGCAUUGCAGCACGUCCGACCACGCCCAGCCGCCUUAAGACUGUGAUCAAAACGACAAUGGUGAAGCGUAGUCCUAGCCAUGACUCAACGCAGGCGACGCAUAUGUCGCAGCCAAGCAGCAACAACAGCAACACCAACAACAGCGACGAACCCAUACGUUCGGUUAGGGAGCGCAUCGCCGCCUAUGCGGCAGGAAAUGAGCUGCAACAACAACCAACGAGUGGAGCGGCGCGGCAACAUGAGAGUGGCAAGAAAUUUACUAAAAUUCAGUGCAAUACAAAUCAAAACAACAUGACAAGCGAUGUGAAAAGUGCAAUUAGCAGUGGCAGCAACAGUCCACAGCAGCAGCAGCAGCAACAUCAAACGCUUAUCAACGGCAAUGCAACGCCGCCGCCGCCGCCAGCAACAGCAGCAGCCAACACGUCAGUUGCUAGUGCGACUAUCGCCGCUGACACGACGCGCUACAAAUCGGGAUUAAGUGAUGUAGCGGCUGAGGAGGACGUUGAUGAUGCAGCGAGAGCAACAGCAGCAGCAACUGCAACUUCAUCUGCAACUUCAGCUGCGAGCGUUUUUAGCACCGGUUGUGCAACUAUGCCGCGAGUUCGCCAAUACGGAAGCAGUGCGGCAGCUGCAGCUGCAGCCGUCAUGACAGCUGAUAAGAAAUUCUUAAGCCGCACACCCGCCUCAGAGUUGCAGCAUGUGCAACAUAAUCAUAAGCUGCAAUUUGCCGAUAAGAAAAGCGAAGCUGCCAAAUUGGCAACGCUAGACAAUUUGGAUUUGGCGCAUAGUCUGGACUUAAUUGAUGAUGAUGGUGAAGAUCCCUACGGAGCGCUGCAGGAUUAUUUGGAGCGUGUUAAGCUGGAGAUCAACGAAGUGUUUGAGCUGCGCAAGGCGCAGCGACUGCAGCAGCAACUGCAGGAGCAACUGGAAGCUGUGCGCCAGGCCAAGCAGCUUGAUGAAUUGUCGCGUUCCACGGAAUCAGAUAGCGGCUUUGACAGCAGCAGCAACACAACAGCAGCAACAGCAACUAGCAAACCAGUGACAACUAAACUAGAAGCGCUGCCACCGCCGCCACUUAGUCCCAGCUCAAGUCCUGCUGCUGUCGCUGCUGCUGCUGCUGAGCCGCCAGCUGAGGAUGUUAACAUUUGGGCAAACAAAUUUCUACGUGAUUUGGAGAAUCUGAUGUCGGGCGAUAAGCUGCCAGCAGCACAACUUGCCGCCCUUGCCGGCAACUGCUCAAGCCUGGACUCGCCCACUUCGAGAACAGCGCCCAUGCUGCUCUCAGCUGCAGCCAGCGCAGCAGUGCAGCGUCGCUGUGGCAAGAACAGCAGCAACAACAACAACGCAGCCAACAGCGAGCAGCAGAAUGGACUCGUCUUGAAACCAGAGAAACAUGCAACCAUUCCAUUGCAAUCGUUUAACCUUGAUUGCGGACGCAGCGAAGCGUUGACUAAACCAGGCGGCGUUCCCUACAUGCGCGCACUCUCCGCACCCAGCGGCGCAGUCAAGCUGCCAACAGCAGCAGCAGCAGCGAGCAGCGCUACGAAUCCGCGCAAGAGUCUCGCCUUGGCAGCCACUUGCAACGUUGGUCAGCUGAAAAUUGAAGAAGCCGCCGCUGCAGCUGUGGAUGAGCAGCUCAAAGGCAGAGCGAUGCCCAAACGUGCGCUGGGCCAACAUGUGACGUCGCCCACAUUGACAAACAGAAAUGUUAUAACCCCACCGCCAGCUAAGCCAGCAGCAACAAUUGGAGCCAAAGCCACGCCCGCUUAUCUAGUGGAUGUUAACAAAAAAGGCAGCACCUCAACCAUUUGGACAUCGGAGGAGUCCAUUUUGCGCAGCGUUGGCGCCGUCGAUGAAGACAACAACUCCACUUCGUCGUCUUCGGCAUGCGAGGAGGCCACCGGCGUGCUAAGCUCUGGCAAGUCGGGCAUAUCGCUAGACUCCUCGGGACUGGACAACGACAAUAAUGAAAGCGGCAUAGGCACUGCAACGCCGCCCAAGGAUAUGAGCUACUGGAAAACUCAUCGACUGCAGCGUCAUCAUCAUCAUCGCACAGGCGCGCCAGACAAUGAAAGCUUAAGCAGCUUGGAGGCGCUGCGUAAAAUGAAAUUCCAAAAAAGCGGCUCUGUAGCUUCAUCCGAUGAUGCGGAUCAGCUGGAAGCGUUGAGUCUUUGCGGCAGCGGCGGCGAAGGCGCCAAUGAAUCCCAAGACGAUAUGCUGGAUGAGCAUCUAAGCAAGGCUGACUCCAGCAAAGCUGCUGGCGACUACGAUGAAUGCCAUGAUGAGUUUGAGCAGCAUUGCUGCGACUGCGACUGCACCGAUGGUGAUGCUAGCAGCGCUAGUGGUGGCGCCAACACAAACAGCGCCACGCCUGUUGUGCUUCGACGCAAAUACAGCGCUGCGCCGCCUGUGCUGCUGCACUGCAUCAAUCGCCGCAGUCAGCGCAGUCAUUCGCUGGAUCAUUCACAGCAGCAGCAGCUGCUGCAGCCGCGUCGACUGCUCGCGCGCCAGCAGCACAAAGAGCGCGCACAGUUGUCGCUCGCGCUGCGCCAAGAGCCUUUCCAGUCGCUGCUCUCACCCACUGUCAGUCAGCUGCAUCACUUUGUGGAGCUGCCCUCGCCCAGCAGCGCUUCACUGCACAGCGAUGCGGGCGGCAUGCAAGAGCUCACUACCAAAUCCAAUUCAGCGCCGCUGCUGCUCAAGGAGCGCGAGCGCAGUCAGCGCUGCGAUGAUUUUGCAGCGCAACAUUUGACGCUGCGCUAUUCUCGUUCGCAGAGUGAUCGCUAUUUAGCAGAAAUUGAAGCAGUCGAAGCAUGCAAAUGGCUGCGGGCCGCGGGCUUUCCGCAAUAUGCGCAGAUGUACGAAGAUCAUCAAUUCCCCAUCGAACUGAACAAUGUAGCCAAAGAUCAUACCAAUCUAGAGAACGAUCAGCUGCAGUCGCUCUACCGAAGACUCUGUGUGCUCAAUCGCUGUGCCAACAUGCGCCUGGAUCAAUCCCACAAGCCGCAGACGCCACAGCAGAAGGAGGAAUCGGAUGAUGAGAACUUUGCCUUGAGCGAGAACUGGACAUUCCAACCACAUAUACGACGCUGGUCGCGCAUAGGCGAGAUGGGACUGGAGCUGCCGCCGCCGGGGCUGCUUAACCUGGACAAAACGGAGAGCAGCAGCAAGGAGUCCAGCCCGGAUCGCUUUGAGGAUGAUAGCUACGAUAUAAGCAGCUCGGGCAUUACUUUAAUGAUACCCAGCUGCAGCAAAGGCGACGCCAAAGGUAGCGAUGAGCAUGAGGGCGCUGAUGGCGCCGCUGCGCGCUUGCGACGCACAGGCAGCGAGCGCUUUAAGGACGGCGCCAAGGCGUUUCUGCGACGCGUCGAGUCCAUUAAGACGCGACGUCGCAAGCGACAGAAUCUGGGCGAUAUUAAAAUAAGCGGACCGCAAAUGCUGGAUCUGGCGCAGCUUGGAUCGCGGCACAGUGUGCGCAAGCCCGACGCUGUCUACUCCACUCCGCCCUCGCCCUCGGCCUUGAGCCCCAUACACACAUUCCCCAAGGCGCCGUUCUUCGGCAACGAGCUGAAGGUGCCCAGCCAAAGCGACAAUUUCCUUAGCCCCAAUCGCAGCAGUCCCAAGCGCACGCCCACCACUCCACGCUCCAUGCGCACCAGUCCGCUGCAUUUCUUCUCCAGUCCCAUGUCGCAGCUGAAGGAGGGCAAGUCAGAUGACUCCAGCUCCUACUACAGCGACAGCCAGGAGUCCUCCACAGGCGGCAAGUUGUCGCUCUCGCUGCGCAAGCCCUCCAAGGCGCGCCGCUUUCUACAGCGCUCCGGCAAGGUUGACGACAUAGGCGCGCACUCGGACUCGGAGUGCCACCAAGGCCGCAAGCUGCUCAUCAAAGAUGCCAACUCCAAUACCACUGAGGUCAAGGUCAAGAAGCUGACACGCGGUGGUUCGCUUAAUCUCGGCAAGGAUGGCAAAAAGCGCGACGGCUUUCGCUCUUCCUCUUUUCGCUCACGCAGCACUUCGCGCAAGGAGAGCAAGCCCGAUGAGGAGCACACUGGCGGAGGUGGUGGUGGCGCCGGCGGCAGCGUAAAGCGCCAGAAUGUUGUGCGCUGGCAUAGCUUCCAAAUGGAGGAGCGUCCCAAUAUGAUCUUUCGCAAAUGCUUCUCGCAAAAGAUCGAGCCACGUGCUGUGCCCGAGGAGACGGGCAUACCGUUUGCCGCUAUGUCCGCUGGUCAGCUGCAGAUCAUACGCAAGCUAGCGCUGGUUACGCUCACCGGCCACAUGGAACGCUACUGUCCCUCACAUCGCUCUGGCUGGAACUGGGAGCUGCCCAAGUUCAUCAAGAAGAUCAAAAUGCCCGACUACAAGGACAAGAAAGUCUUUGGCGUGCCACUGCUGCUCAUCUUGCAACGCAGCGGACAAACCUUGCCGCUGGCUGUGCGCGCUGCUCUGCGCUGGCUGCAGCUGAACGCUUUGGAUCAGGUGGGCAUCUUCCGCAAGAGCGGCGGCAAGUCGCGCAUCAUCAAGCUGCGCGAACAGAUCGAGCUAACGGACACCACAGCCGAGUGCAUGGAUGUCUAUGAUCUGCAGCAGGCCUACGAUGUGGCCGACAUGCUCAAGCAGUACUUCCGCGAGCUGCCCGAGUCCUUGCUAACCACCAAGAUGAGCGAGACCUUCGUGGCCAUCUUCCAACAUCUGCCCGCUGAUGUGCGUCUGGAUGCAGUACAAUGUGCCGUCCUUCUAUUGCCGGAUGAAAAUCGUGAGAUACUGUAUGUGCUGCUGGAGUUCCUUACCAUUGUCGCUGCCAAUGCGCAGCAGAAUCAAAUGACCAGCAACAAUCUGGGCGUUUGCCUGGCUCAAUCUAUAUUCCACUCGUCCAUUGCCACUGGCUCCGCUUCGGUGUCAGCCUCGCCGCGUCGCAAGGGCAAAGGCUCCGGCAUGCCGGACAUGAAGGAGCUGGCUGAGGCCAAGGCCUCGCAUGAGUGUCUGUCCUUUAUGAUUGAGAACUACAAGAAAAUCUAUACAGCAGCCAAGGAGAAGCUGGGCAAGUGCAACUUUGGCUAUAUGGAGGAGUCCAAGCCAGUGCCGCUGGAGGCGCUGGGUGAGGGCAUGCAGUUCCACAACUGGCGUGGCUAUCUCUAUGAGUGCACUAGCGCCACCAUUAAAGAAGGCAGAGAAAAAACUCGCGGCUGGUUUACGGUCAACUCGCUGAAUGACAGCAAUGUGGACAUUGCUUAUAAGAAAGUGGGCGAUGGUCAUCCGUUGCGCUUGUGGCGCUGCAGCACCGAAAUCGAGGGACCACCUGCCGAUGUGCUGGAGUAUAUAAUCAAACAGCGCGCCAGCUGGGACAUAAAUCUGCUGCAAUGCCAAACGGUCAAGAAGCUGGACGAACGCACCGAGAUCUAUCAGUAUGCCAUAGAUGGGCAGCUGACCACGGACUUUUGUGUGCUGCGCUCCUGGCAAACGGAUUUGCCACGCGGCGCCUGCGUCAUUGUGGAGACCUCCAUUGACCAUGCCAAGGCCAAGCCGCUCUUCUGCGCCGUGCGUGGUGUCAUACUUGCCUCACGUUACCUGAUUGAGCCCUGCGGUGGUGGCAAGUCGCGCGUCAUGCACUUGGCACGCGUUGAUGUCAAGGGCAAGACACCGGAGUGGUAUAACAAAAACUAUGGACACAUUUGUUCGCAUUAUUUAUCGCGCAUACGUCUAGCCUUCAAGCACGUUGCUGAUGGACCUGAAAGCAAAGUUUAAAUAAUUAAACUGGUUUCGACUAUUUACAAUAUUCAAAAUACAAUUGAAAACGCCUAACUAUUUCGACAUGCCCCAACGAUUAAGUGAUUCCAACUGAUACCUGGACCACAGAAAACGUAAUGAAUAUAGAAAAACAAUCCACAUUUUAUAUUCGCGCAAUAUAUAUUUUUGUAAAUACUUAACUAGUUAGUAGGAAUUCCAAAAUUAUUUUUUACACCACACAAACUUCAAUACUUAUUAUUGAUUUUAUGUUUACGUACACACACACACACAAACAAUACUUAUAGACAUACUAUAAUUUACUGUAUUAUAUUUAUAUGUGGUCUUAUUUAUGCCUUUUAUAUACCUUUUAUACUUUACGAAAUUCAAUCUAACAUCCAAAAUACUCAACACAUAAAUAUCACAAAUGUAUGUUUAAAAUUUCUUACACUAUAUACUUGCAUACUUGUAAUGCUUAUAACUAUAAUUACGACACACCCUCCCAAUAUCAUUAAUGUUAAUUAGUGUGUAGUUCUUGGCAAUGUCUAAAUGUUAAACUUCAAAGAGAAAGCAGCAACCAGCCACAUUUCUAGAAAGAAAAACAAAACAAAAAGCAAACUUUUCAUGUGUAAAGCAAAUUCAACUAGUCAAAUUCUAUUAAUUAAGCUUAAGUUACUAACUAACACACACACACACACACACCCCAAAAAUGUAAAACCCGCAACAUAAUGGUUUCCCCAACAGACAAAAGAAAGUUACACAGGUUUGCACUGAUUUGGGUUGAAGAUAAACAGAUUAUAUAUGUUAUAACAAAAUUUAUUAAUGUAUGUAUGUAUCUUUAUAUAUAUGUACAAGUAUGAACCUUAUGAUCUUUGAUCAAUUUAUGUAUAUUAUAAAUGCCCAUUUUGGCAAUAUAGUUUUAUGAGUGUAUAUCUAAAUAUUAUACGAUAUGUAUGUAAAAUGUGUAAUGAGUUAUCAACUAUUAUUACUACUACUACUACAGGCGGUAAUGACAAAUAAAACUAACCAACCAAUGUCA